CGGCGUCUUGUCUACUCUCGCCUCCGUUCCGUGUACACACACCGUGAGGCCCUUGGAGUGAAUUCCUGCCUGUGUCUGUCUCACGCCCUGCGCCUUCCUUCUCCUCCUUCCCAGUCCUCUCUCUCUCUUUCUCUCUCUCUUCAGCUCGGCCUGAAUCUCUCCCUCAUUUGGAGAAUUUCACGGCUUCUUUCUUUAAAGGGAAAAAGUUUUUUUUUUUCUUCAGCUCCGCAUAUAAAACUCUUUCGGCUCCGGCCAUGGCGGCGAGUGCGAAGCGAAAACAGGAGGAGAAGCACCUGAAGAUGCUCAGGGAAAUGACGAGUUUGGCACACAAUCGAAAGUGCUUCGACUGCGACCAGCGCGGCCCGACCUACGCCAACAUGACGAACGGCUCCUUCGUCUGUACCUCCUGCUCCGGUAUCCUGCGAGGUUUGAACCCGCCCCACAGAGUGAAGUCCAUCUCCAUGACGACCUUUACACAACAGGAAAUAGAAUUUCUCCAGAAGCAUGGAAAUGAGGUGUGUAAACAGAUAUGGCUGGGCCUGUACGACGACAGAAGCUCGGCUGUGCCUGACUUCAGGGAACCGCAGAAAGUCAAAGAGUUCCUCCAGGAAAAAUAUGAGAAAAAGCGAUGGUAUGUUCCCCCAGACCAAGCCAAGGUGGUAGCCUCGGUCCAUGCCUCCAUGUCGGGCUCGUCAGCCAGCAGCACAAACAGCACUCCAGAAGUGCGGCCGCUGAAAACCCUGCUGGGAGAUCAAGCACCUGCUCUGCACCUUAGCAGAAACACACCCAGCCAGUCCCCUGUAGCGUCACGUGUUCAGUUGACCCAUCAGGACAGGAAGUUCGAUCUGCUCAGCGAUUUGGGCGGGGACAUCUUCUCCGCUCCGGCAUCCCAGUCCUCGGGCAACUCGGGCUUCGCCAACUUUGCCAAUUUCAAUAGCCAUCCAGCAGCACAGAAUGCUAAUUCUAGCACAGACUUUGCGAAUUUUGAUGCGUUCGGGAGUUCUGCUGCUGCUGCUGCCACCACCGCACCAAGUGCUGCGUUUCCUUCUGCCCCACAAGCACCAUUUCAGCCUGCACAAACAGCGUUCUCAGAUCUGCCGGUCAGCUGCAGUGUGGGAGAAUUUCCCUCCACGCUGCCCCUACUGGCUACUCAGAGUGGCUCAGCAGGACUAGCCAAUGCCAACUUUGCCAACUUUGACAACUUCCCCAAGUCUUGCAGUGCCGACUUUGCCACGUACGGCUCCGCCCAGUCCAACUGCUCUGGGGGCGGGGUUAAGGCUGACGGAAGCGCUGUACCUGCUGACAGGUAUGCUGCGCUUGCUGACCUGGACAACAUCUUCAGCUCUGGCAAAACUGAACAAGGAUCAAGCUCAGCUCCUCCCUCUGCAGGUGUGGGUCCGCCCCCUCCUCAGGUAGCCAUGUUAGGAGGUGAUCGCUAUGCUGCACUGGCUGCACUAGACACCGCCUUCAGCGCCCCGGCCCCCAGUAACAGCAGCUUUGGCACUGCCACCAAUACCCAGGGGCCUGUGUUUGGAGCUCCUCCUGGAGUAACUGCACCACAGCCCCAGCAGGCGGCGCUGCCCCAGGGUUUUGGAGGUCCAUCAACAAACCCCUUUGUCUCUUCUGCUGCGCCUCCAUCAAAUCCAUUUCAGGCCAAUGGGAGACCAACAGCAGCCUCGUUUGGUCCCGGCUCUAUGAGCAUGCCAGCUGGCUUCAGUAACACGGCUGCCUACAACCUCCCCACGAGCUUCAGCGGAAACUUCCAGCAAGCCUUCCCUGGGCAGGGUUUCCCUCAGCCGCAGGCCUACACUCAGCAACCUAACGGUAGUGGAGGCUUUGCUGCAUUUGGUCAAGGCAAAGCUGCUGUAGCCCAAUUUGGACAGAACAUGGCAGCACCUGGAGUAACCAAUAACCCAUUUUUGGCAGGAGCACCCGUGGCACAGUUCCCUGCAGGAGGCUCCUCCACAAACCCUUUCUUAUAGCACCCCACUCCGAACAACACCCGGCGGCGUGGGACUCUCGCUUGCACCUCUUGCACUGUUUUGUUGUUCCAAGUAGCUUUAAAGACACGUUUCUAAAGACUUUUUUUUAUCACGUUAGUACAAAUUACAUCAUUACACCCGACGUUAAGGUGUAACCUGACGAUCCAUCUGUAACAACAGAAAACACAAAACAAGGUAUUGGGGUGCCUACAGGAAGAAGCUCGAUUCCUUCUUUCCUUUGCUGAAAAUCUGUGAAAUUUCCGGCCUGGAAAUAAUUGUCCGUUUGAGCUAAGUUAUUUCAAAGUGUCCUGUGCAUUUUAAUGCUGCAGUCCUGUACAUAUCUAUUUUCUCAGAAGGGGCAGAAAUUUAGCUCGUGUGCAUAUCAGUAUUUAUAUCUUAAUCUCUCACAUCCACAUGCACAAAGAACCUGCUGUCCAUCAGAAAGAUGGCGGAGCUUACCUGCUUACUGCCCGUCCACCUAAAGGAUGACGAGAGAGAGAGAGUGCGAGAGACUCUACCAAAGAGGAGCAUCUCUACAAUUUGCAAUUUGUUUAUCAUCCUCCUCCUCCUCCUCCCGGCUGUAAGGAGUUUCAGACUGGCAUCGCUCCCAGACUCUCACCUGGACAGGUGCUAUACAGAGACUCUGAAACACAUACCACUUAAGUCAAAUGUUACAUGAAUUUAAGUUAAAGUAAGUGUGUGUGUGUGUAUAUAUGUGUGUGCGCGUGUGCGUGCGUGUGUGUGCAUACACACACAUAUAUAUAUAUAAAUAUAUAUAUUAAAUUGGAUUUUAAAUAAGAAA